UAAACACGGCCGAGUAUUGGCCAAGUAUGUGUCGCAAUAUUUAGCUUUAGAACUUGGCUACUUUUAGAACAUUGCCUAAUAUUGUCAAUGUCACUUAUCUUACUUGUGAAUUGACUGUCAACCUUAAUCAAAAUACAAUGAAAUGAACUUGAACAACUUUUAAAUUUUAUCAGUUCUUUCUGUUAUCAAGCUUACUUAUUAUCAAAUUUUAAAUGAAUAAGUUCAGUUCCGUUUCGCAACAAGGUGACUAAAUUCCGUGUCUCUCUGAUUACGAUUCAUUUCGUCAGUCAUAAAAAAUCUUUGGCAUACAUGUUGCAUUAAUAACUUUCAGUAAUAUAUUAUACAGAUUUUUCUAUAGUUACCUCCUCUAGCAAAAUGGAAAAUCGUCAACUGGAUACAAUAUUUGGCAUCAUCCUGAACGUUAUGUUUCCCAUCAAGUUUCUGCUCCGUGUGUACUCACUAGCCAUCCUGAUGAUUGACUUCAUGUGGGUGUGGGUGAAUGCAGUCUGGGCCAUUAUGCAGGCUACAUAUGAGCUGUUCUGGCCUCCUCCCAUGAAGUCUUUGAAUAUGGAGACUGCUUUAGUCAUAGGCUCCGGCAGAGGAGUAGGCCAGGAGCUAGCCAUCCAGCUCUCUGACCUGGGUGCCAUUGUACUCUGCGUAGACAAGAACAGCACCAACAAUAAAGAUACCCUGGAAGCCAUCAAGAUGCGCGGUGGCUCGGCCCUUAGCUUCACCUGUGAUAUUACAAAGAAGCAGAAUGUUGAAGAGCUGGCGGCGCAAGUGAAGAAGGAGAUUGGUUUUGUUAGCAUGCUGUUCUAUUGUUGUGGCAUUCCCAGUCCACGGUCGCUGCUCACGCUACCUCCGCAAGACAUUCAUGAAACUUUGGAUCUCACACUUACAUCAUAUUUCUGGCUCAUAGACCAGUUCAUCCCGGCCAUGAAAGCUAAAAAUCGCGGCCACAUAGUAGCCCUCACGUCAGUAGCUGGUCUUAGCUACAUCAAGGAUCAGAUGCCGUUGAGUGUUGCACAGUUCGCAGUGCAAGGCCUAGCAGAAUCUCUCAUGGAAGACCUGAGAAUAAACAGGAUAGAUGGGGUCCACGUGACCCUCACACACAUAUAUCCGUUCAUCGCAGGGGAGGACAGCACGGAGUUGAGAUUAAGGAUACCAAGCUACUUCGGCACUAUAACCCCGCAAGUGGCCGCCUCCAGUAUCCUAGAGAGCGUCCGUCGGAAUUAUCCCGAAGCCUCGGUGCCUAAACACCUUCUCUUCCUAGGUCACCUGCUCCGGAUAUUACCCAGGAAGGCCACAGUACUGAUACGUGAUUUAUUAGACACGGGCGUGGAUUUUGCGUGAAACAGAUCGAGUACCAGAUUUCUAUGUUAUAAUGUUGCCAACUAUUUACAUUUAUUUAUUACUAAGUCAGGCGAACCAUGAUAUUUAUAAAUCAAGCUAUAAGUAUGUUUUACUGUAAGAAAACUUCAAUCGAGUAGAUACCCCGAGGCCUCAGUGCCUAAACACAUUCUCUGCCUAGGCCACCUACUCCGAAUAUUACCCAGGCCACAGUACUGAUACGGGAUCUACUAGCCACAUGCGCGGAUUUUGCGUAAAAUUGUAUUAGUUUUAAUAUACAGUUAAUAUUCCAAAAUUUAUAAAAAAAAUUUUUUUUAUAUUAUGAAGUACUGCCCCAUAGGAAAUAGUAUGGAACGCUCAUUUGUUUCUUGCAUAGAAAAUGUAUGGCGUAGGUAGUACUUUGUAGUUUAAAUAUUUGUACAUUGCAUUUGAGUUUACAGGGAGUAAUUUGGUCUGAUAAAUUGCCAAGAAAGUGAUAUAUGCAAACCAAAAAGGUUUUCAGUGAAAUAUAUUUUUGUUAAAGCUUAUAAUAAGAAAUUAGAUUUGUAUAAGAAUUAUUUACUGUUUAUGAAUUAUUUACUAUUUAAGAAUUAUUUACUAGUAAAAUACAUUUCGUUUGUUUGAGAAAGAAAUGCUACUCUAAUUUGGUUUAUGAAAGAUUAUAAUUAGUUUAAAACUUAGUUAAAUGCAUAUCGGCUCUUAAUGAAGUUAAAGAAACUAAUACAUUUUAUUAGGUAAGCCUCCGUGCCUAAAGUUACAAGUUGGAACCCGGCGACGUGUCACGACGGCAAAUGUAACGUCGCAGCGACACGACUGGUUUCUAUAUAUACCUUUUUCAGCAACACGUGUCGUCCGGUCGCAGAUCAGGAUUUCCUCUCUCUCACUCGGAACCAACUGCAUAUUGCGCUACCGUUCUGCAGUCGGUAUCGAAAUUAUAACACAGCGACAUGACGCGGCGACGUGUCGCGCAUGUCGCCGGGUUCCGACUGCACCGGAUAUUAUUAGCCCGGUAAGCUAUAUUUAAUGUAUGCCAUAAAUAUAAAAAUAGGCAAUUAAUUAUAUGUAUUAUCAAUUAUCAUUAUUCGAUACUAUUUCAAACGUUUCUUAUUACUAAGAGAUUGUAUUUUUGUAAUAUUAUUAAAAAGUUUGAUACUUAUAGGAAA